CCCGACUCAUUCAUGAAUAUUCAUCUCAGAAAAUAAUCGUGGACAGAGUUUUCAUCCUCGCCGAUCGGCAGUUCCUGCACAAGCCGUAAUUUAAGUUGCGACUGCGUUCUAACCCAAAUCAAAAGUGAUGUUUCAGAUUAGCAUGGAGAGGCAUCGUGUCCCCGAGGCGCCGGCAUGCAGCAGCAGCACAAGAGCUCCUUCUCGCUCAACAUGUGACCGCAUCCUGGUCCUGAGCUCCCCAGCACCACCGUGGCUCCAGCUGUGUCCUCACCGUGGCCGAAUCCAGCGUUACAUCAUCCUCCUGCAGCCUUGUGGGGAUUUCUGUGCCUCCCCCACCCCUCACCCCCCACCCCCCAGGGAGCUAAACUGUCUUGUUUAUUUAAUCCCAGAUGAAGCAUUAACAGUGAAAGCAAAGCGACGCAUCUGCGGUGGUGGGGGGGGUCUCCGCAACACGGACAGCGUGUCUUCUGGUCACACGAUGGACACGGGUCCUUUGGGGGAGUCCCCGUGUCAGCAUGAUGUCCGACGUGGAUACGAUCGCUCCCGAUUCCUAAGCGAUGUGUGUUUAUGUGCAGUUGGUGCGAUGUUCCGCUCUUUAAAGGGACGAACAGUGGACGUUUGCCUUAAACUGACGACCUGCACGACCUGCAUGUUUCUCAGCAACCGUCAUCAUGGGCAACCGAGUGUCCAUGGUGCUAUUAGAGGCAUUCUCAAAACAAGUUUGUAUUUUCAAACAGUGUAACAGAUCUGCGGUGUGGGGGUUGGGGGGUUGGGGGGGUUGGGCAGGGCUGUAUCGCCACUGCUGUGUGAUUUGUCGCCUAAAGUGGUCACAUGUCUGACAUCUCCUUUCUAAGUUCAUGCGGUAAAAGCAAUAAGCUGAUGCUGACAGUCUGGCGGGGGGGAGGGGCACAGGAGACAGGUGGGGGUCCCUCCCCCCACACCCCACCCCACCCCACCCCACUUCAACUCACCUCACCUCACCUCACCUCACCUGGACCGCAUGUCAGCCUGCGCAGCCUUCGGGGCCUGGGUGCAGCGAGGGGUCCGUUUGGAUCAGAACCCAGAGUGGCGUCUCCAGGGAGCCAAACACAUUCCUGAUAUUUCAUAGUAACAGAACACUUUGUACUCGUCUACAACUGCUACUGUAUUUAUUUUAAUUACUCUGUUCGGGAAUGGAAGCAUUUUAUGUAACAAAUGAGAAUGAGUAGAAACACAACAACAGUAGAUGACCUCAGUAGCCUUGCAAUGAAGUUCAUUAUUAUUAUUAUUAUUAUUAUUAUUAUUUUUAUGUGUUUCAUGUUUUAGGUCUCAUUAGGCAGCAUUGUGUAUCUUUCUGCUCUUUACUGUUUGCGCUGCUUUAUGCAUCUCCAUGACGAAACCGAUAUGCAAUACAUUUCACAAGCAAGAAGAUGUUUAAAGACGCAAUAAAACGAUCCUCUGUGUGACAGGACACAAAUAGACCAUAAUAACUGAAUCUCUUUGUUCGUUUAUGGGGUUUUUAUUGUGAGCGAGACCUCGCUGGUGUGGGACUGAAUGUUCCGGAAAGGCCGUCCGGGCCUCUCCGGACCCCGCGUCGCUGCUCUGUCUCUGCGUGACUCUCGUGGACAGUGUGUAGCGUGUGUCUAGCUGGCGUGUAGCUGUGUCACGCGUGCGCUGGGGUGCGGGCCCGAAUGCUGCUCUCCAAACGUGUACGAAUGCAUGAAUAAAUGAUUUUGAAAGGAGCAGGAAAUCCGUCUGAUCUGCUUUGUGCGUCACCUGUACAGUCCAGCGCUCACAUGUGGUCGGGGUCAUCACAUCUAUGAAAUUAUAUUACAAUUAUAUUUAUUACACUUCAGUUUUCAUUCGUCCACAUUUGGUUUGAUUCACAGAGAGCUGCUCCUCCCCCUGCAGUCUCAGGCCUUACGGUUUCCCCUCACUUUUUACUGCAGUACUUCGGGCUCUGCUGGCAGCACUGUAAAUGUACUCUUCCUUAGGGGUAAGCUACCCUGUCACGUGACUGGCUGAGCCCCCAGGCCUAAUAAACACAGCUACAUGUCACACUUUCUCACAAACACCGAGAAAAAAAAAAGAGUCAGUCACGGAAAGCGGGACACGUGCCCGCCACGUGGCCACCGAGUCUACAAAGGGUGCGCGCGGGGCGGCGUCCGAUGGGGACGUCAUGGCAACGGGACGGAAAGCGAGGGCCGCGGCCGCAAGGGGGCGGAGCUUCGAGGGGGCGGAGCUUCGAGGGGCUGCACCGGACAGGCUGCUGCUGCUGCUGCUGCUGCUGCGGACCGAGCGCGCAGGAGACGGGAGGAUCGGAAGCGCUGUGCGCUCGAGCUGCGGGGCCUCGCGUUCCGGGUUCCGAGUUCCGGGUUCCGGGUUCCGGGUUCGGCUCAGAAAGUUGCGCAGCCCGGGUGCUGGGAUCCGGAUCGAUGCGAGUCCGGCCGGAUGGCGCCGUCGGGCUCCGGAGCCGUGAGAUCGGGCUGUCGGAGAGUUUUCUACUGGAGCCCCGUUCUGUUCAUCAGCGCCAUCGUGGUUUGGUCCUACUACGCGUUCGUGCUGCAGCUGUGCGUGGAGUCCAUUGACAGCGUUGCUCAGAAAGUGGCCUACCUGCUGGUGUACCACGUCCUGCUGUUUAUGUUCGUCUGGGCCUACUGGAGGACCAUCUUCACCAGGCCCAUGAUGCCGCUUGAGGAGUUCCACUUGCCCCCGGCGGACAGACAGCUGCUGGAGCGCGAAGACCGAGCAGAGUCCGUCCAGGAGGUGUUGAGGAGGGUAGCCAAAGAGCUGCCCGUGUACACGAGGACAGCGUCCGGAGCUAUCCGCUUCUGCGACCGCUGUCACCUGGUCAAACCGGACCGCUGCCACCACUGCUCCGUCUGCAACAAGUGCAUCCUAAAGAUGGACCACCACUGUCCCUGGGUGAACAACUGUGUGGGCUUCUCCAAUUACAAGUUUUUCCUGCUUUUUCUGGCGUAUUCUCUGCUCUACUGUCUUUUCAUUACCGCCACAGACAUGCCGUACUUCAUCAGGUUCUGGACUAACAGCCUGCCGGACACCCAGGCCAAGUUCCACAUCAUGUUCCUGUUCUUUGCCGCCGCCAUGUUCUUCAUCAGCCUGUCUUCGCUGUUCAGCUACCACUGCUGGCUGGUGUGCAAGAACCGCUCCACCCUCGAGGCCUUCCGAGCCCCGGUGUUCCAGCAUGGACCCAACAAGAACGGCUUCAGCCUGGGGGCGUCCAAGAACAUCCGCCAGGUGUUUGGAGACGAGAAGAAGUACUGGGCGCUGCCCGUUUUCUCCAGCCUCGGCGACGGCUGCUCCUUUCCCACGUGCCUGGUGAGCCAGGACCCGGAGCAGGCGCCCGUGCCGGCCGGGCAGCGCCCUCCAGUGGUUGGCCCUGGAGGAGCCCACCCAUUCCCCCCCAGGCCAGCGAGGGGGUCCCAGACCUGGCUGUUGGGCGGCGGGUCGUCUGAGACCGAGAGCGAUGGUGGCAAACAGAGGGACUCGCGGGGCAAGAGAGGUACGAGCAACCCGGGAAUGACGAUCGAAAAGGAGACCUAACAUGAAGGGGAGAAUUUCAACCCCGGACAGAAGGUCAAAGGUGUGAUAGAACGGAGGAGGCGUCGGUCUGCAGGGCAUCAUCUUCUGUUUCACUGGGGACCCUUGAUUUGGCAGAACCCGUUUGUCCGAAUGGCCUCUUUGCCACCCUGUGCCCCGCCCGGCCUCGCGGGAACUCGGGCGGCAAGGCUGGAGAGCGGCUCCACGGAACGUCCGUUUACGGAAACGGAUUCGGCCGAUUUGAAGGGCGGAGGAGGACCCCGACCCGCGAGGAUGCGCGUCCCGGCAGCCCGUCCCAUCCGCAAGGAGCUCUUCUGGCCCUCGGGUUGCUCGCCCGAUCACCCGAGAAGAUCCGAGAUCCACAGAAGCACUUCAGUCAAAAAAAUUUUGUGUCCACGGGGUCGGGGGGCUGAGAGACCCCUUCAGAGUGACUCCCUGCAGAGGGACGAGACUGGGCUCCAACAUUCGGCGUCCCUUGUCCCUGCGACUCAAACCUGCUACUGCCGCCAACAAAACGUGUGUCCAUGCGCACGCACACACACGCACCAGCUUGUGGAUUAAACAGCCUUGUUAGACAGAAUUUAAACUGA